AUGUUGCACUGCCCGCUGCCCCUGCUGCAUGAGCGCUUGAGCGCUUAUCGUGCACAGCACCCAAAUCGCUCCGCGCAUUCUAUCAGCUGCACAUCCGAUCCUCCAGCUGAUAUGCCUGCUACUACUGUUGCGGCGCCGCAUGUUACUUCCAGAGCCGCAGAGAGGCCAAGGGGCGGCAGGAACCCCGAAGACUCUCCCCGGCCAACUAUACAAUCGACUAGUCCUCGUGGACAGAGUUUCUUCGCGUCCUCGAGCGGCGUCGAAGUUACUGGGAGCAACCUCCGUGCCAUUCAAGGGCACCAUACAUCCCUUACCGUCAAUUUAAAUCAGGGGGGUGUUGUAGGUGAUACCACAACGGACAGAUCUAGAAGAAUCGGCUGCCAACCGGGUCAAGUUCCCAUGGUAGGCUCGUAUGACGAGCACAAUGGCUUUCCUGUUGACAGCUUGGCUUUCUCCUUUCCAACACAUCAGAGGAGUAGCGAAAUUUAUGCACGGCUUCUCGCCCCGAAGGGUCGUGGAUUUGCCUUGUGGAUUCCGGAGCCACAUCGAAACUUGCCAACAGAGUGUCGGCGCAUGGGCGUCAGGAUUGGUGAUGUCGGCAUCAUUACUCCGCGUGGCAGCUUCUCUUUACUCUUCAACGUAUUCAACGACGUCGACCCCACACAUACUUCUCUAUUACCUGAGGCGUUCGUUCCAUUGGAGCCCUUUCUUCAGGCCACAGAUGUAGCCAAAAUUAUCGAAUUCAGACCAGGAAGUUAUCUCGCCAGUUCCUCUAUCGAAAGGGCUGAGUGUGGUUCAGAGGUGGGAUUGACAUUCAAAACGUCAGCUUCCGAAGCCGCAGUGCUUGUUAUGCCAGAUGGUGCCACAUCUGAAGACGUCGAGAAUGUAGCGAGGAUACGAAGAUACGUAGCAGCCAACCUCAUUAACUGGUACCGCUUCGUCAACGGUCCCUGCGGCCGCGAUGCGAGAAACGGUGACAUCCGCAUUAUCAUCGGUUGCGAUAAAUCCACAUCCUACGGCAUCGCUGCGACGACCAAUACAACACAAGAAAUGAACUCCCAGCUUAAAUUCAGACCUUUACAGGAUGACUCUCGUUCUGAUCUUCCUGUCGCGACGUACGUCUGGGAACAUUCGGGCCUGGCAGAAGUGCGAGCCGGCCCUGAUAGACAAGAGAUCGAGGAAUUGAGACGUGGGGACAUCUUGAUUCCAGAAGACGGAAAAUACGCAAACCAAUGCCUGUUUUUGCGGACGAUCAAUCCUAUCCUUGGGGAGAAAGAGUGGCUAAAACUCUGCCAGGAACUCGAUACACCCCAUCUUAUGUCUGGGAGUCAGCACAAACCUGCCAGUAGUCAUGACCAGCAGGGUUCUCGAAGGAAUCACUCAGCUGCCCCACCUGCCUCACGCACGAGUAAUUCGCAACAAUCACGUCAGGAAUCUGGCAGUAGACGAGUACCAUUGUCUUCCGACUUCUCACAGCAGACCAGCAACCUGGACCCUAGCAGCGGUGUUUUAAUGUCGAACCUCCCAGCAGGUAUUGAUUUCCACCCAUCCAAAAUUCUUAAUGAAUUGGUGUUAAAAACGGUGCCCGAUGCAAGGAUUGUCAUCAGUGAUGAUUCAAAUUGGUCUUCUAUUUUCAAUGAAGGUUCAAAUGGAGGCAUUCCAUGCGAUGAAAAUGCCCUCAGGCAGGUGCUGGAGAGCCAUCAUAUUAAGCAUGAAGAUGAUGGUGUUGUCUUCCUAGAAGAUAAGAAAUCUUCAAUUUGCCCAUACGACACUGUCCGUCGACACGAAGAAUACUACCUGGACGGCGGGGACAUGCAUGUGCUAGUUGCCCAGAGAACCCUCUUCCGGGUCCAUGGAUACUUUUUUUCGAGAGAAUCCCCUGUAUUCAACGAGAAGCUCAGAUUGCCAGGCAAUGUGUUGGAGAGCCAGACAAACCCGCGUGUUAUCAUGUUGAAUGAUGUCUCCCCGGAGGAGUUCGCGAAAUUCCUUUGGGUGUUUUAUAAUCCGCGAUAUUGCAUCUAUGAAGCCUCCAUCGACGACUGGUCCUCCAUCCUCAACCUAGCCGACAAGUGGGGUUUCCGUGAAGUCAAAGAGCUCGCUGUACACGAGCUGCACAAGAAGGACUGGUCACCUGUCCGCAAAAUUGCGCUGUUUCAAAAAUACAAUGUCGACCCGCGGCACCUUGUCAUGCUCUACGCAGAGCUGUGUGCGCGCCCAACCCCUCUCACGUUUAAGGAGUCGGAGAUACUGGGAUUGGACGCGACGCUGGUGGUGAUGACGAUGCGCGAGAAGCUGAGGGCAAAGCUAUCAGAAAAGGUACAGAGUCCGCUGCCACAGGGAAUGGAAGAGGAGGAUGUUUUCAGGGUGAUUGAGACGACGUUGGAGAUGGAAGAGGGCUCAACGAAGAAGUUUAGGGAGGAGAAGCUUAGGGAGGAGUUGUCAUCGUCCCCAACCUCUGGUGGGCAUCAUCUUUUCUCUAAGACUGGCUGA